GAAUCGUGUGCGCAGCGCAUGAAGUAGGAAGUCACUUAAUAAUUUUUCGGAAACUCCGUCUGCCAGUCCCAGACCAUGAACUAUGUGGGGCAGCUGGCGGAGACUGUGUUUGUGACGGUCAAAGAACUAUACCGGGGCCUGAACCCAGCCACGCUCACGGGGGCCAUCGAUGUCAUCGUGGUGCGUCAGGCCGACGGCAGCCUCCAGUGCUCUCCGUUCCAUGUGCGCUUUGGCAAGCUGGGGGUGCUACGCUCCAAGGAGAAAGUGGUGGACAUAGAGAUCAAUGGGGAGCCAGUUCACCUGCAAAUGAAACUGGGGGACAAUGGAGAAGCUUUUUUUGUGGAGGAAAAUGAGGAUUGUGAGUCCAGAGUGCCAGCCCACCUCUGCACGUCGCCCAUCCACAUAGAGCUGCUGGAGGUGGCUGAGGAAACCUUAGAGGGGCUCCCCAGUUCCGGAAGCACACGAAGGAAAAAGAGGCGGCGAGUACGCAUACGCUCCGACUCCCACCUAAGAGAAGAUGGUAGCUCCUCGUCCGACGAGAGGGAAAGAGAGAGAGAGAGGGAGCAGUCAGGAGAACAGGAGAGCCCCUCCAAAGAAGAGCCCAACACGCCCAUGCUCGCCAGUAAGUCUGUGUACUUCUCGCUGUCCGAGGAGCCGCAUGAAGAGUUGGUGGCCGUGCAGACCAGGGACGUCCACCCUCACUCUGAUGGAGAGUGGUCCCCCUCAGAGAGUGUGUUCUAUAGUCGUCCUUCCUCCCCCAAGAGUGACUCUGAGCUACUGGUGAAGCCUCCGGAGUCUUCAGGGCCUCAGAUGCAGUGGAACUGGGGUGGCUUUCCUGAGAUGUGUCCAACGGAGAGAGGGAGGGUGGAGGUGCAGCAUGUCUCCGCUGGCAUCCACUGCUCGGACAGCUCCCACUUCCGCACCAUCCAGCGGCAGGACUCCUUCGACAUGGGCCUAGAGCCCGGGGUUAGCUUUGUCCAGCUUUGUCCGAGCAGUAGCGUGACGGUGGUGGUCAGGCCCACGCCCAGGACCGGACCAGCGGUCCAACCCACAGAAAGUUCCCGCAUAGACCUGGAGAGAGCCUCCAAUAUGACCCACUCCACCCCGAAUCACCACACCUCAGAGCUCUUCUCAGAACCGCUAACAUUGGCAUCGUUAGCGAUGGCUAGCAUAGAAUCGCCCCAAGCCCCAGGGCCUAGAAAAACAAAAACGCAGCCACAAGUAGAGACCCAGCAGGCAGGGGAUGAAGUAGCCGAGGAGUCCCCAUCCAACCCGGAGCUGGAAGACUCCAGAAACUCCCUGGCUAACACAAUUAGCAUGGCUAAUGUAGACAACACUGAUAGACAAGCUAGCGAAGAAAGCACAGCAAAUGUUGAAUGUGUAGCUAACAACAUUGUUAGCCAAGUUGAAAACUGUAUAGACACACACAUCCCAUCCAUAAAAGGUAGCAAAGCUGGCACAAUCAGCGCAGACAGGCUAGCUAGCGACAGCACAACUGCUAUAGCUAACAAGGCUAGUUUGGCUAACACAACUAGCUAUGCCAGUGCAGCCAACUUAGGUCUCAUUACCACAGAGUAUCUGGGUAGUAGAGCACAACCAGAACAGCACAGUGCCUUUCCAGAACACAAUGGACAAGGGACAGAAGUUGUCUUGAGUGAGGGUGACAGCGGGAUUGAGCCCUGCACCGAGGGAGGGGAGGAGACAGAGAACGGCUCUGCAAUGACGGACAAAGCCACAGACGGCUCCCUGACCAAUCAGGCUGCAGAGAGUGUCGGAGUGACAGACUUGUUAGCCACUGAGGCUCUGGGGGAGGAGCAGUCUAGCUCAGCAGAGCACCAGGACAAGAAGAAAGGUAAACGCAGUCAGCACCUUGGACCCUCCGACAUCUACCUGGAUGACUUGUCUAACCUGGACCCAGAGGUGGCAGCUCUCUACUUCCCACCUAAAAGUGAGGCAGAAGGAUGCUCGCGGCUCGGUGCGGAGCAAGGGUCCGGUUCUGGUAACCAGUCUCCCCAGUCGGUGGGCAGUGGGGCCAUGGACAGCGGCACAGAGUACCUGUCCGACUCUACCACCAACCACAUGGACGUUAGCAUGUCCCUUUGCGGUCGCACCGGCCACACCAGUCAAAUCAACAAAGAUCAGUUUAUGGAGCACGUUGUGAACUACCAGGAUUUGGUGAGCAACCCUGGAAUCAUCGAAGAUCCAAACCUGGUUAUCUGCAUCAACUCAAAGUAUUAUAACUGGGCAGUGGCUGCCCCUAUGGUUCUGUCAAUGCAAGUUUUUCAAAAGAAUAUACCAAAGAGUGCCAUUGACCAGCUGGUGAAGGACAAGAUGCCCAAAAAGUCUGGCCGCUGGUGGUUCUCCUGGAGGAGGAAGGACAUGGACACUAACUCAAACCAGACUGGAGAGAACUCUAAGCAGGACCAAGAGGAGGCACAGACCAAGAAUGAUGUCUCAACCUCUGUGUCUGUCACUGGUCCCUCAACAACCAUACUGGCGACUCUGGAUGACCUGACUAGUGACGAGGAGGCGGGCCUAGGCAGAGUGGGCAACCUAUCAUCAGAGACCCUAGAGACCAUAAACACUGCCCAGUGUUUUAGCCAAAUGUACCGCAAGUCCCUACGCCUCACCUCCGAACAGAUAGAGCGGUUGAAACUGCGUGAGGGGGCCAACAAGGUUAUGUUCAGCGUAACCACUCAGUACCAGGGCACCUGUCGCUGCGAAGCCGCCAUCUACCUGUGGAAUUGGGACGACCACGUCGUCAUCUCAGACAUCGAUGGCACCAUCACAAAGUCUGAUGCCCUGGGUCAUAUCUUACCUCAGCUGGGGAAAGACUGGACACACCACGGCAUUGCCCGUCUCUACCACAAAAUCCACCAAAACGGAUACAAGUUCCUCUACUGUUCGGCGCGGGCCAUCGGCAUGGCUGACAUCACCAAGGGCUACCUGCAGUGGGUGAACGACAAAGGCACCGUCCUCCCCAAGGGCCCCGUGCUGCUGGCCCCAAGCAGUUUCUUCUCGGCCCUGCACAGAGAGGUGGUAGAGAAGAAGCCGGAGGUGUUCAAGAUCGCCUGCCUCACCGACAUCCGAGACCUGUUCAACCCCCAGAGGAAGCCCUUCUAUGCAGCCUUUGGCAACAGAACCAAUGAUGCCAAUGCUUAUAAGGAAGUGGGUGUCCCUGACACCAGGAUCUUCACUGUGAACCCCAAGGGUGAGCUCAUUCAGGAGAAGAACAAAGGGAGCAAGUCCUCGUACACUCACCUGAGCGAGCUGGUGGAGCACUUCUUCCCUAUGCUCUCUGAGGAUGGGAGGUCGUCCUCCUUCGACUGCCCCGAGUUCAGUCACUUCUCCUACUGGAGAGAGCCCCUACCACCACUGGACCUGUCCACUCUGGAUUAGACACACACACACGUUCGCGCGCACACACACUCGCCACUGGACCUGUCCACUCUGGAUUAGACACACACACACACACACACACACACACACACACACACACACACACACACUGGACCUGUCCACUCUGGAUUAGACACACACACUCGCCACUGGACCUGUCCACUCUGGAUUAGACACACACACACACACACACACACACACACACACACACACACACACACACACACACUCGCCACUUGACCUGUCCACUCUGGAUGAGACACACACACACACACACACACACACACACACACACACACUCGCCACUGGACCUGUCCACUUUGGAUGAGACACACACACACACACACACUCGCCACUGGACCUGUCCACUUUGGAUGAGACACACACACACACACACACACACACACACACACACUCGCCACUGGACCUGUCCACUCUGGAUGAGACGACACACACACACACACACACUCGCCACUGGACCUGUCCACUCUGGAUGAGACACACACACACACACACACACUCGCCACUGGACCUGUCCACUCUGGAUGAGACACACACACACACUCGCCACUGGACCUGUCCACUCUGGAUGAGACACACACACACACACACACACACACACACACACACACACACACACACACAC